GUGGAACACUGAGUGAAACUCACCCUUUCCCUCACAUAAACGAAAAACACACUCUUUUUCUUCUUUUCCUUCUUUUUCUUACAUCUCAUAACUCUCUCUUUCUUAACAUUGUAAUGUUAUCAUUAUUCUCCUCAUUGUGAUCCAACCCACAUACCCACCCGCCAUGGCCUCCAACCGCCUUAUCACCCUCACCCGCCGCCUCCUCCUCCUCCUCCCGCCCACCGCCCGCCCCUUCUCCGCCGCCCCAUUGACCUCCUCCCACCCCUCCCCGCCCAUGCUCUACGACCGCCUCGCCUCCGCCACUGUUGCCAAGCUCCGCCGCCUCGACCACCCCGACCCUCGCUUCCUCAAGCACGGCAGCCCCGUCCCCUCCAACACCGACCACACACGUGUCCUCGCCGCGCCGCAGACCCGCGUGACCACGCUCCCCAGUGGCCUUCGCGUCGCUACCGAGUCCUCCCUCGCCGCACGCACUGCCACCGUCGGCGUUUGGAUCGACGCCGGGUCGCGGUUCGAGACCGAGGAAACCAACGGCACCGCGCAUUUCCUCGAACACAUGAUCUUCAAGGGCACCGCGAAGCGCACCGUGAGGGAGCUCGAGGAGGAGAUCGAGAACAUGGGAGGGCAUCUCAAUGCGUACACCUCACGCGAACAAACCACGUACUACGCUAAGGUCAUGAACAAGGAUGUUCCCAAGGCUCUUGAUAUUCUGGCUGACAUCUUGCAGAAUUCGAAGUUCGAUGAUAAUAGGAUUAUCCGUGAGCGUGACGUGAUUCUGAGGGAAAUGGAAGAGGUUGAGGGACAAAUGGAAGAAGUAAUCUUUGACCAUUUACAUGCAACUGCUUUCCAGUACAGUCCACUUGGUAGAACAAUUCUUGGACCUGCUCAGAAUAUCAAGACAAUCACUAAAGAUCAUCUGCAAAACUACAUUCAGACACACUACACAGCUCCUAGAAUGGUGGUUGCCGCAUCUGGAGCUGUGAAGCAUGAAGAAAUUGUUGAGGAAGUAAAAACAUUGUUUGCUAAGUUGUCAAGAGAUCCCACCACAGCUUCUCAAUUAGCUGCGAAAGAACCAGCCAUUUUUACCGGUUCCGAGGUUAGAAUUUUGGAUGAUGAUAUUCCCCUUGCACAAUUUGCUGUAGCUUUUGAAGGGGCUGCAUGGACAGAUCCUGAUUCCGUUGCUCUCAUGGUCAUGCAAGCUAUGUUGGGUUCUUGGAAUAAAUCCACAGGAGGUGGAAAACACAUGGGUUCUGCGUUGGCGCAACGAGUUGGCAUUAAUGAAGUUGCAGAAAGCAUGAUGGCCUUCAAUACUAAUUAUAAGGAUACAGGUCUCUUUGGUGUUUAUGCUGUUGCUAAGAAGGAUUGCUUGGAUGACUUAAGCUAUGCAAUAAUGUAUGAGACAACCAAGUUGGCUUAUAAGGUUUCACAAGAUGAUGUUAUUCGAGCUCGUAAUCAGUUGAAAUCUUCACUCCUGCUCCACAUUGAUGGAACAAGUCCAGUAGCUGAAGAUAUUGGGCGCCAGCUACUCACCUACAACAGAAGAAUCCCAUUUGCAGAAUUGUUUGCUAGAAUUGAUGCUGUUGAUGCAAGCACAAUAAAACGUGUCGCUAACAGAUUUAUUUAUGACAAGGAUAUUGUAAUUGCUGCUAUGGGACCUGUUCAACGAUUGCCUGAUUACAACUGGUUCAGACGAAGAACCUAUUGGAAUCGAUAUUAGUUUUAGGAAAAUGAUUUUUUUAUAACUAAAUUUUUGAUAAUUUUUUCUUAUAACACGAAAAAGAUAUUUUUUAAAUGAUUUUUCAUUUUUUUUUAUUUUCUCAUAUUUUUUUUUAUAUUUUAAAACUAUUUUAAAAAUGUCAAUUUAGAUCGAAAGAAAAAAUUAUUAAAAUUAAAAUAACUCUGUGCUUAAUUUUGAUCUUAGUUUACUUUUCUUCGACUUCGGGGAGAUGUACCCAAGGAAUCAGAUUUACACCUUGUAUGUCUCCAAAUAGUUGUUACAACAUUCAUUAUCAAUUUAUUCAUUUAUUUGGUACAGAAAUUUUUUAACAUGGAGAAAUAUAUAUGUUAUU